CUUAACACUUUCUUAUGGGGGAUCCCCCGAUUCACAUUGCCGCGCUUGUUCAAUUGUCUAAUUGUGGAAUUUGCGAGUCGCUUAUGCUUUUAAGUCACUAAAACAGGAUGCGUUUUCGAGCAAAAGUUGUUGAUAUCGGAUGUGUGCACCACUUGACAAGAGUUGUGAAUACAAUAUCCAAACUUUUAAAGAAAUGCACCCUCCGUUUCACUUCUGAAAAAGUUUAUUUCAUUCUACCAGAUCAGGUUUCUAAUGGAGGGGUCAGCAUGUGGUGUGAAAUCAAGCAGGAAAACUUCUUUGAUGAAUACCAGAUGGAAGGAGUAAACAAGGAUUGCAAUGAAAUCUAUCUUGAGGUUGUAGCAGAAAAUUUAAGCAGAGCACUGAAAUCUGCACAAGCUGCAAAAGCAUUAAAAAUCAAACUGACGAAGAAACAAAGUCCAUGUCUAUCACUAGAAGUUGAAUUGCCAUCUCUAGCGUCUGACUCGCGGACUGUAACACAUGAUAUUCCUGUAACAGUAAUACCAAGAAGACUGUGGGGAGAUUAUGCAGAGCCAAAUAUGCCAAACUACCAUGUGACAAUAUUUAUGCCUCCAUUGAAAAUGGUCAAGACAAUUGCGGAAAAAAUGAAAAACAUCAGCUCAUAUUUGAUUCUUGCUGCAAAUCAGCAGGGUGAGAUGUUGAUGAGAGUUGACACAGAUCUUGUUACAGUAAAAACUAGUUUUCAAGAUCUGGAUAUCCCUGAUGUGAGCAUGGAAGAUGAAGAAGUCCAAAGUGUCUCUCACAGGCUUGCUUGGCCUCCUGAUGAGUUUGCCAGUGCUAGAAUAGAUAUCAAAAAAUUUCUGCAGUUUUUGGCAGGACAGAUUAUAAACCCAGAGCGUGUGAUUUGCAAUAUCGUUGAUGGGACCAUAGUACAAUUUUUCCUUCUUCAUGAUGAAUUAUCUCUGCAAUAUUUCAUUCCUGCCAUAGCAAGAUGAUACUUCAAUAUGUGUUAAUGUUUUUCUGAACUUGUUAAUAUAUAUUUUUUGUUCAACUUUG